CGACAGUCGAGCUUUAUUUAUUUAGGAGGAACAAAUGACAAAACAAAUUAUAAAUUUAAUUGUUUUCUCGUCAAUAUUGAACCUAUUCUGUUUCGUGUAACUAAAUAACGUUGUUAUUUUAUCGCAUUCUUUUCGAAUGGACACGUGGGCCUGUGUACCGUCCUGUUUGUCGGACUUACUCAGAUUAUCGUAAAUCAAUUGCGAAGGAAAGUUCUGUUCUGCAUCAUGACAAAACAGAAAAUUAAAGUACUGUCAUUAAGUGGUAAACUUAAGAUAGUGAAUGCGUUUGAAUCCGGAAAAUCGCGCAAUGUAAUUCAGACGGUGCAUUAGCGAGAAACUCGGGUUAGUGAGAAACCUCUAUAAGCGAGAAUGAGAUUGUGCUCCCUUGAACUCUCGCUUAUCCAGGUUUGACUGUAUUAGGACUUUUUGGCGGGAACGUGAGGAGUGAAGUUGUGUGAUUUGUUUUAUUUUGUCUAUUUAGUGUUUCUUCAGGUUUAAAUGUUUUUUUUUAAUGCUUAGAUGGGUGGACGAGCUCACAGCCCACCUGGUGUUAAGUGGUUACUGGAGCCCAUGGACAUUUACGACGUAAAUGCGCGACCCACCUUAAGAUAUAAGUUCUAAGAUCUCAAUAUAGUUACAACAGCUGCCCCACCCUUCAAACCGAAAGGCAUUACUGCUUCACGGCAGAAAUAGAGGCGGGGUGGUGGUACCCACCCGUGCGGACUCACAAGAAGUCCUACCACCAGUGAUUACGCAAAUUAUAAUUUUGCGGGUUUGAUUUUUAUUACACGAUGUUAUUCCUUCACCGUGGAAGUCAAUCGUGAACAUUUGUUAAGUACGUAUUUUACCAGAAUAAUUGGUACCCACCUGCGGGAUUCGAACACCGGUGCAUCGCUACGUACGAAUGCACCGGACGUCUUAUCCUUUAGGCUACGACGACUUACAAAAUGUGUAAUAAUGGUGGUUUAUUAACUGUUUGAUAUCUGUGAAAGUGCACAAAUGUGAGAAAAUAAAACAAAGCCGCUAGACAUAACUUUUCUGGAUCCUCCACAAAGUCCACUGAAAAAAUCUUAGUAAAUAACCACCAUUUUACUGAGAUUAAAUUUCAUCCCAUCUCAUCUCAUUUCGUUGAAUUUCAUCCCAGUCGAUUAAUGUCUCAAAUUAAUCACCUUCAUGUCAUUUCACUCCAUAAUAUCAUUUUUCAUAAAAAUAUGAAUAUAAAUUAAAAUAAGACAUGACUUAAAGGUCUUGGCUACCAGGUCAUAAAAUCCCUUAAUAGUGGCGUCACUGGCGUCUUAAUUGUUACUGUAUGCGCGCGAGUUCAUGUCCAUCGGGGCCAGAGGCGACGCGCGGGGGACAGCUCGCCCCACCUCCACCCGCCUGCCCGCAUUUGUCUGACGUCGAGUGUUGUCCGUGACGGUUAUGACGCGCGCUUAUCGAUAUCGAAAAUUUACGCUAACGCUAUUGUGUUAUUUAACCAUAACUACUCCGCUUCCAACAACUCCAGAUAGAAAAAAAACCUGAAAAAAGAUACAUACUGAUUCCGACUCUAAUCUGUCGGUUGUCUUUUCAUUCGAUAGUGAUUAAAUUGGAAAUUAAAAAAAAAAACUAUUAGAAAUAAACAAGUAAUUACUUAUCACAUUUAUUUUAUUUCAUAAAUUGCAAAUUUACCCAAAAAAAAUUAAACCAAAUUGACAGCUGUUGACUAAAUCGGUAAUUAUUAUCGACAUUACCAUAAUUAAUUAGGCCACAGCACUACCGCAUUCCUCAGGAUGGACAUGAACUCGCGCGCCUACAGUAUGUUUGUGAGUUUGUUCUCAAUUUUGUAAGUUUUGUUAAUUAUACUACGAAAAUCAUGGAACAAAACGUAUAUGGUUCAAGCAGCGGGGCAAGCACACCGAAGACUAAGCGGCGUGUGAAAAAUCCGCGUAAUUCCGAUUCUAGCCCAAGAAAACGUCGUAAUCAAAACGUUGAAUGUGGUUCAAGCAGCGGGGCAAGCACACCAAAGACUAAGCGGCAUAUGCAAAGUCCGCGUAAAUCCGAUUCUACCCCAAGAAAACGUCGUAAUCUAAACUCUUCGUUCAGUGACAGUCCCCGAUGUGAUUCUAAAAUAACCACUAUACCUAACUAUGGUAGCGAAGACGAUUCUGACAAAGAGGAAGAAGAGGUUACCCCACCGUUCGUGGUGCCCCGGGUGGCAAGAAUGUUUAUGGAUGAAGAAGAUGUGGAAGUUGAAGAAACUUGCGAUAACGUUACUUUGGAGUGGCUUCCUCAAUCGCCUCAGCCAUCCAAUUGUGUCUCAACGGCUGCCUCACCGACGCCUAUUUUGCCGUCUCCCAUCGAGCCAAGCAACAAAUUUCAAUUUGAAUGGAGAGCGAUUUCAAUGCCUCAAAUUGAACCUCAUUUGAGGCGAGAACCGUUCUCGCAAAUUAGUGGCCCUACAGUUUCUUUCACGAAACCAUAUGAAGCUUUUAUUUCCAUAUGGGAUAAUGAAAUAAUGGAAGUAAUCGUUAGGGAAACUAACAUUUAUGCACUGCAGGUGACAACGGCUAUGUUAGAGAAUGGGAACCUCUAUCCUCAUAGCCGAAUUACUCAUUGGCGAGAUACAAAUGUAAACGAACUUUACGUGUAUUUUGCCAUGGUUUUGGCUAUGGGAAUGGUGAUCAAAAACCGGAUAGACGAGUACUGGAACAGCUCUAGAGACAUCUUCAGUACUCCUGGCUUCAGCACGGAGAUGUCAUAUGACAGAUUCGUGCUCCUGUCAAAAUGCCUGCAUUUUAAUAAUAAUAAAAAUCUUAACUCUGCAAUGUUGACAGGAUCCCAGGCUAAACUUUUUAAAAUUAAACCUAUAAUAGACCACCUUAAUUGCAAGUUUUCAAAAUUAUAUAAUCUAUCUCAAAAUGUGGCUCUCGAUGAGAGCCUGACCAUGUGGAAGGGCUGGCUUGAUAUAAACCAGUUCAUCCCUAACAAGGCAGCAACAGUUGGGAUAAAAACAUAUGAAGUGUGUGAAUCCCAGACCGGUUAUUUGUGGCGUUUUGAAGUACAUGCAGGCCAGGACACCUUGGCACUUCAAGAAGAUGAUCCAGUCUCAGGGGGAGUACCAGCUCUCGUGCUCAGACUUUUAAAUGGUCUUGAGCAUAAAGGGCACACAAUAUGGAUGGACAAUUACUACAACUCUCCAUCACUGGCACGGGAACUGAAAGUCCGGGGAUUUGACUGCGUGGGGACCCUCCGGACAAACCGAAAAUUCGUACCAUCUGAAUUUCAAAAGAUUACAAAAAACGACAUGAUUGUCGGUCAAGUGUUGGGCUGCACCUCGGGAGAUGUGGAUAUUAUGGUGUGGAGGGAUAGAAACCGCGUGGCUUUAAUUUCAACAUACCAUGGUCUCGUAACUACCAGGUGUGGCGAUACAUUUAAGCCGACUGUCGUGCAAGAUUACAAUGCUAAUAUGGGCGGAGUAGACCGUAAGGACCAGCUACUCGCGAUGUACCCCAUAGAAAGAAGAAAGACUACAGUGUGGUACAAAAAAUUUUUUAGAAGGCUCUUAAACGUUAGUGUCCUAAACUCCUAUAUUUUACUGAAAGAUAAGUCAUUGGCACACCGGAAUUUCCGGAAGGCGUUAAUAACUGAGUUGUUGGCAGUACACAAAAAACCUAAGCCUACGAUCAUCUCAACAAAAUCUCAAGUACAUUGCCCAGCACCGUACCCUUUUGUCAAGAGCGGAAAGUCAGACCGCCUUAGACGCAAAUGCGCCGUCUGCCCGAAACGGUCUAACACGUACUGCAAAGUUUGCAAUGUGGCAAUGUGUAUUUAUACUUGCUAUGAGACAUACCACACUUUACACUGAAACUUUACAGAUCAUUGCCACUUAUUGAUAUACACACAUGCGCACGCACACACACAGGGUAUUUGGGCACUAGUGUUAGAGAUACUUAUAAAAAAUUAUAAAGCUGGUGAGUUGUUAUUACCAUCCAUAUUGUUGUGAAGUACUAAACGAAAAUGCUGCAUUAUGUGUUCUACACUUUUUUUGUGUAUGUAGGCUUAUAAUAUGGCGGUAGUUACCAGGGUCAUGUCACCAAUGCAACUCGCAGUCAUUAGAAAUGGCACAUAAAUUAAGUGCCCCAUUGCAUUGUUAUGGGUUGGGGUUAUUGUGUUUCUUAUUUUUAUUUAUGUAUGAUCUUUUAACAGUGUGGUAUCUGGGUUCAAUUAGUUGUAAGUUACCUAGUUGAUGCUACUUUCUUUUAUAAAACAUUUUUUUUGUGUCUUCCAUCACGAAAUUAUUAAAACAAUUGUUUAUUUAACUUAAUAAUAAUAAGUAAUAUAUUUUUUUAAAUAGUGUAUAACUGAUAAGGUUUUAUAUAUAUAUAUAUAUAUAUAUAUAUAUAUAUAUUACAAUAAUAAUGCCAAGCCCUUUUAUUUAUGGUUUUACAAUCUUAGGUAGCAUAUAAUAUUACACUAAGCAAUGACUUUUAUUAGUAAGUUAGUUAAAUGAUGUUAGUAAUAUAAGUACGUGUAUUAAAAUAAUUAUAAAUUAACAAGAAACACCGGUUUGGGUCCUUUACCCAAUCCAAUUCAAUCCAUCCAAUCCAAUACCCAAUUAUGGUCGAUACUAUCGAUGUAGUAGACACAUAUAUCAGUAUCGAGUAACCUUUACCUACCUAUUAUCGGACUUAUUCUAUUAUUUAUAAUCGAUGAGAAAAGUUAGUAUAUAUUUGAUAGGAAACUAAUUGGUCUAUAAUUGUUGAUAUCUUUUGGAACGCCUUUUUUAUAUAUGAGUAUAAUAUCUGCUUCAGACCGUUCUAAGGCCGUUUCAGAACUUAAAAAUAUGUAAUUAAACAGUUAGGUUAACGGUUCUGCCAGAAUCUGGUGACCAUAUUUUAGUGAUUCGUUUGUGAUGUUGUCAGAACCCGGACUUUUUUCAAAUUUCAGUUUCUUUAUUGAGUUUAUUACUUCGGUUUCGUGUAUUGGUUGUAUAGAGUGGCAGUCUACGGUUUCUGGUUCAAUUUUAUUAGUGAAUAUUCGUGUUUUGUCUCUGUAGAGUUUCUUGUAUAAUUCAGUUGCUGUACCAACAAUAUCCGUUGGUUUAUAUAGGUAUUUAUUAAGGGUUUUCAACCCUUCUAUCCAAGAACGGUUUGUUCUAUUCUAAGUUCUUUGUAUGCUCUUUUUUGCUGCUCCAGAGCUGGAGAUUUUUCUCUAAUGUUUCUUGUCUAUAUUUUGCAGUCUCUCUUGAUAUAUUUAUUAAGCCGUUUGUACAGUGCGGAAACUUCUUUUUUAUUUAACUUAUCAAUAAAACAUCAUAUUGAUUAUUUUUAUUCAUAUCAUAUAACAAGUCGCAUCCAUAUUUUUUAGCCUUCAUGCAGCAUUAUAAAAAAUAAAAGCGCUGAAAUAGCCUCUCAAGGCUAUCAUCAGCCUAGGUGGGAAAAAAAAGCAGCAUUAUAUUAUGUUCAUUUUCCACUAUGUUUAUGAACAUCGUUUUUUAUAUUUUUCUUACAAAUAUCUAGCUUCUUUCAUUGAAAAGAAUGCCCAUUUUUAUUAAAGAUUUACAUGGAAAUGUAAAUCUUAAAUAAAUAAUUAUUAUAACAUUUGUAAACGCAUAUUCUGUAAAAUCUUAAAUUAUAAGAGACAUUGUUUUUGUACUAAUCUUGAGUCUCAUAUUUGAUACAUUCAUACUCAAGAUCUGUAGAAUAUAACAACGUGCCAUUGUUUAAUAUAGAUUGACGAUAUGUUUAAAUUAUUGUAAAACAAAUACUCUUUAUCCUUGACGUCAAGAAUGUAUUAAAAACAAAUUAAAUAUGAUAGCCACUUAAGUGACAUUUGAAGAGGGUAUUUUUUUUAAUCCAAAGUUUAAAGUUUAAUAAGUGCAGUAUGAAAAAUUGUAUUAGAACUUAAGCCAUUUGGUUUUUAUUUUAUGAAAUACUUAAUAUUGUACGAAAAACAUAUUAUAAUUUUACAUCCACCAAGAUCUUCAUUUUUUAUUCAUUGGAAAACAAAAAAUAAGUUUUAGGUAACCCAUGUUAUUUCUCAUAGAACAGUUGCAAUGCAAUUCAAAGUCAAUUGUAGUGUAAGAAAUUACAUAACGAAAUCUAAUUGGAUUUUUUUAUAAUUACAUUUAGAUUUAACGAAAAUUAGGUAUUUCUAAACCGAAUUUUUAAUGUAGUCAUGUAUGUAUAUACGUAUGCAUAGGUACCGUAAAACUACAAACAAAUAUGACAUGAUACUGGGGAGUGGUUUUCAAAAUAAAACCAUUCAUAUGACUCUCCUCGGAUUCCCUUCGCGUUAAGUUUGCAUUUUUAAACAUUGAAACGUUUGACGUCUCAAGUCAUUUAAUUUUCUUUGUACUUGACUUUGUAUUUGAAAUAGAAAAACAAAUUUAUUUUAUGACUAUUCCUGAUGUUAUUAUUAUAAAUUGAAGACUUUUACAAUAAAUUACUAGAGUAUUGAAUAAAAAUAUUUAUAAAUAUUACUCUA